AUGGGUGCCGGCUGGAUUCAUUACGGCGUGCCGACGCUCGACCGCCCAUUUGGCCUCGAGCUAUGGCCCAUCUUUGAGCGCGUCUUCGAGCCCAUCGCUGGCUACAAGCCGCAGGACUUCCGCUUCGUCCAGGGAGAGACGCCUCUCUCCACGUUCAAGUCGUGCGCCAUCACAAUCAUCACCUACUACAUCGUCAUCUUUGGCGGCCGAGAGCUUAUGCGCGAGCGCGCACCCUUCCAGCUCAACUUCCUCUUCAAGGUGCACAAUUUCUACCUGACGGCCAUUAGCGGAAUCCUGCUCGCCCUGUUUGCCGAGCAAUUGAUUCCCACGGUCGCCCGCAACGGUCUUUUCUUCGCCAUCUGCGACCACGAGGGUGGCUGGACUGACAAGCUGGUCAUUUUGUACUACCUCAACUACCUUACCAAGUUCCUCGAGCUGAUUGACACCUGUUUUCUGUUUUUGAAGAAGAAGCCUUUGACCUUCCUCCACACCUACCAUCAUGGCGCGACCGCUCUCCUCUGCUACACCCAGUUGCUCGGUCACACCCCUGUCUCAUGGCCCGUCAUCACCUUGAACUUGGCAGUUCACGUCGUCAUGUACUGGUACUACUUUCAGAGCGCACGCGGCAUCCGAAUCUGGUGGAAGAAGUACAUUACUGUUGGCCAGAUUGUGCAAUUCGUUCUUGAUCUCGGCUUCAUCUACUUCGCAUCCUACACAUACUUCACUAGCACCUACUGGCCAAACAUGCCCAACUUUGGCAAAUGUGCAGGCGAGGAAUUCGCUGCUAUUGCUGGCAUGUGCAUCAUCACGUCGUACCUGUUCCUCUUCCUCGCCUUCUACUUCGCCACGUACAAGAAGCCGGUGCCCAAGGGCCGCCGCAGGGCUACAAGCGCGUUGGUGGAGAUGAAGGAUGAGAAGGUACCGACUGUUGGUGAAGCCCGCAGGCGUCUCUCCACUUCGCGUGUUGUAGGCGUUGCUAAUGGCAUUACCACAGGAUCCUCACCUAACGGUACUCCCAACGGACGUGCUACCAGGAGUCGCAAGGCCUAA